CUUGCGUGAAGCACAUUCGACCACUCUCGUCCCGCGUUUUCACGAGAUCAAAUUGAUCGUAUGACCGAUCAAUAUAUUAGUUGAGAGAGGUUUGAAACGAUCGCCGGGCAGAUCGGCUCGGAACCCCUGCUGCCACGAAUCCGAUAAUUCAAUAGUUUCGGCGCCGCGAACGGUUCCAUUUUUUCGUGGGCUUGAAUGAGGCCACAUGUGGGAUUAUUAAAACGAGCAUCUACCGUGACAGAUUUCACGUUCCUUUAUUAGUUGCCGCACCAGAUCUGCUCUUUGUCCCUUUGAAAAAAUCAUUUCUAAGAGGCUCGCUACACUUCUACAGCACUUUCAGCUUUAUCGCUGAAUCGGCUCGCAAACUAUUGGGCUCUUUAGUGUAACCGAGAUGUGUAACAUUGCGACCGCCGGUGUCAUCCAUACGUCGGUGAUGGAACUAUCGGCUCGGAUUUGAAAAUUAUUUGUAUGCUAAUCCAUUGUGUCUUCCUAAUUUGAUUAGGACCCGCAAAACGUACGAAUGCCGAAGCUAUUGUUGACGUCAUAGAGUUUAACUUCACAAUUUAAUUAGCACAGCGGGCAAAGUGUUUAAUAUAAUUUGCAUUCUAGGAAAGUUGUGUCUGUAGUCUAGAAAAUAAUAUCCUCGUAACGUCGCUUCUACGUCGCGAUCAAUCGAUGCAGUCGAUAACUAGAACGUGUUUUAUGCAGUGCAAACGAUUCGUCCCCCUUUUGGCAUUUAACUUCGAAAUUUUUGCGUCCAUAGUGGAUUGAAGAAGUCAAGAACGACCGAAGCCGAUUUCUUGGGGAGGGUGUGUCGUUCAAGGCAAAGCUGAUUGGCAUAUUGGAAGUAUCGGAAGCACGCGGGGACCGGAUGUGCCAAGCAGCUUUGGCCGAUCUGAAGAUGGCGAUUCGUGCUGCCGGUGAACACAAACAACGAAUCUCAGUUCAGGUCAGCAUCGAUGGACUACGGUUGCGGGACGAAAAGUCGGGGGACUGUCUUUAUCACCAUCCUGUACAUAAAAUAUCGUUCAUCGCUCAGGACAUGAGCGACUCGAGAGCGUUUGGAUAUAUUUUUGGAUCACCGGACACUGGACAUCGUUUCUUUGGCAUCAAAACGGACAAAGCAGCGAGCCAAUUGGUGACCGCGAUGAGGGACUUGUUCCAAGUGGUUUUCGAACUGAAAAAGAAGGAAGUCGAGCUGACGAAGCAGCACUUGGAGCAGAAUGCCAUAAGCGUUAUUAAAUGUCAUACUAGCGGCAUUUUCGUCGAGCCAACUCCAGAUACAAAAGGUGCAGCGGGCAGCGAAACCUCCCUUCAUCGUGUCAAGAACGCGAAUUCGGAUUUAGACAAGCAAUCCGACAGACGAAACGAAUCACAAAGCGGUGUAAUAGCGGAUUUAUUAGAUUUACAGUUCGAACUGAAUUCUCUUCAGCAGGGAAUCCAUCACAUGGACAAAAUUACCCCUGACAACCAACCAGCAUCCGGUGAUAAUAUCUUCGAGGCUGAUCCGUUUGGUGAUUCAUUUGCGAAUAUGAAAUUGGAAGAUACCGUGCGACCGAUUUUGCCACCACCGCCAUCGGGUUCGAAAAGAGGACAUUUAGAUCGACAGCAAACAGUUCCUGGUCCUCAAUCAUCAGUUACUUCCAGUCCAGCAGCGACAUCAUCGUCUAAGACGCCGCCAUUUCAAAGUUCUAUCGAAUGGUUUGACAAGGAAACCGAGAAUUUGUUUAGCGACAACGAGCUCACAAGUUCACCGAAAAACACACCGAUCAAGAAAGAUCUGGAGGAGUCCCAGACUAAAAGUCCCCAAAUAGACGUCUUCACAGAGUUAGAUCCCCUAGGAACCGGUCUGAUAAAACCAUAUGUGGAUAAGAAGGACUUCUUCCAGCACUUGAAGAAUCCUCCGAAGAAAGUGCUGAAGGACCUAGUACCCACGAGCUCGACAGACACAUUCCAGGCCAACUUUAGCACCAUCUCGGACUCACAGGAGACCGUGCAACAGGUACGAAACGAUUUGACGUCGAAGGACAAUCACUUUGACGACAGUAACUUCGCGAACUUCGAUCGCUUCGACGACGGCGAGGCGGUCCAACCAGUAUGUACGCGUUCCGAUUCAGCGCAGAGGUCGGAAACAGUUGCGAAACCGGCGCAUCAUCAGCCGCUCGCAGUUGCUUUACCGCCCGAGGAUUCAUCCGCUACAAAGUCGCCAGCGGUUUCAGCUGUGCCCACCACUGGGACCGCUUCGUUGCUUAGUAGGAUGGAUAAGGACUCCACGGAGUCUAUGCACGGUUUAGUCCAACUUUCUAGUCCUAUAAAAUCGGCACGCAGAAAAGAGUUCGACAUUGAUUUACCAAAUAAUAAAUCUCAGUCUAUAGAUAAGCCGUUCCCGGUAGAUUUUUCUGCGACCAGCGAAUCACCGGCGUCCCCUUUAAAAUCAUGUUCCUCCGACGCGAACUCACGACUGUCUAGCUCUUCCGCGGAGCUGGAACUUGUACCUGAACCUCCGCCUCGAGGGGCCACCAACAUCUUGAUCAAUCCGCCGCCAUUGCCCCCGAAAAAGCAGGGGGGUAGGGUCGCCAUGAAGCCUCCGCCGAGGCCACCACACACGGAUGGCUACUUCCAUUACGAUUUCCCAGAACGCGAGCAAUCUGCACCGAUAGCGACCAGCGAAAGGAGUCAAAGCCCAGCGAAGGACGUAAAGGGGCAUUUCGACGAUAAUUUCAGUCCUCGUGUUCCGUUGUCCGGCAAGUCGGAUUUAAUUAGUUCGAUGACCACGUCGACCUUCGAGGACUCGUUCAGCUCUAUGGUGCCUACUACGAAUCUGUCUACGUUUUUUACUUCUACGAACACAUCUUCCUCCACGAAAAAGGCGAAACCGUCGUUGGACAUAACUCUGAGCCAGUUGACAUCGUCUAAUUUGAACGAGUUGGCCAACAGUCUCGGUAUGACUGUUCAAGAGCUGACUAGUUUGACGCUCCAGCAGCUGACCGAGUGUCUAGCUAUCCUAUCGGCUAAGGAAGCAGCCGCGAACGGAAGCAAAGAUGCUACUCCUGUCGUACAAGAACCCGUAACGACCACGAAGACGCAAUCCGAUCAGCCAGGAUCUUACACAGAAAGUCAGAGUUUUGUUCAGGCUAAGGAGCCAGAAACCAAAUACGACACCACUUAUGACAAAUACGCGGUGUUCAGAGAGUUGCUAGAGCUGGAACAGAUGGAGAAGAACGAAGAGAACGUAAUGAAGGACAAUGUCGAAGAUGAAAUAUCCGAUGCAAUGAAGGAAACAUUCGACAGCACCGAGUCGCAACAGGACGAUGAUAGCAAAACAGAGUCAUUGGCUUCCCUGGUGAACCUAACGGUUAAGCUUCCGCCGAGCAACGAAGAUUUAGCAAAGGACGACUCGGCUAACGCGAAAGGCGAGGAGAACGAAUCUUCUUCUAGCCUAACGAGUGAGAAGGCCCACUCCGUGGAAGCCGAAGGCAAAAUUAGAACUUCGAUCUCCGAGACGGAGACAGUAGCAGAUUUCUUGACGAAGCAGGCAACCGCCGAGGCAGAGGAAGAGGCUGAAAGAAGAAACUUCAUAGCGGAAGUGGAGGCGCCCGAGAAGACCAGUGAAGCGAACGAAGAUUUCGAUAAACCCGUAGAAAGCAAUACGGAGGAAAACGGAUCGCUGGCAGAGAAAGCUGAAGUGAAAUCCUCGGUGUCGACGUCCAGCGACAGGUACGCUGCGUUGCGCGAGAUCAUAGGCGAGCCAGAGCCGAUGCCUAAGCAGGCCGAAGAGGAGGCGUCUAACUCUAGUCGGGUGUCUCCUGUUAUUCCGACCUCGAUCCAGUCGAAAGGCGUAGCCGAAAUGGAACUGUUGAAUCUGUUCUCCGAUACGCCGCCCUCGUCGUCUAGCCCGAAGAACCAGCCGAAGAAGGACGAAGACUCGAAGCCAAUGACGAUGGACAUCUUCGAGGAGAUCAAGAUGUUGAGUACCAGCACGACUGAAGCGAAAGAAAUCAAGUCGUUGAAUGCUCAAGACAUUUUUUGUCCUUUCACCGAAUUGAAGCAGGAGAGGGACGACAGCAAGGACGACGGGAACUGGGCGAAAUUCGAUAACGUUUUAUUUGCUGCUAACAAGCCACCGAGCGAGGGACCUCAGCCGCUGACGAGCACGUCGCCUUGGUCUCCCGAUGGUAAGGAGUUCCACAAGGAGUCUGCCUUCAAGGGAGCUUUCCGGCAGUCUGGCGACAGCGACAACGAGUGGAAGGACGAAGAAGAAAGCGAGGAGAGCAACGGAAGGACUCGGGGCGAGGGUAGAUUCUGGUGCGGUCAUCCGCCACGGUUCAAUCAGCCAGCCUUCGGCGACAGGCCUUUCUACGAGGAGACCGGUCCAGCGUCUGCCAACAAGAGGGACAGAAGUUUCCUUAGAAGCGACAGGAUGGUGAAGAAGUCACGCGACGUGGCAUGGUUGAAAAACCCCAGUCACAGGCCGCGCGACUCGUCCUGGCACGACGAGUGGGAAGAAGAGUUGAGGCGCUUCCUGCAACGGAAGAUGCCAUACAAGGACGAGGAAGAUCAGUACGAAGCCCACUGGAAGUGUAGGACGCAGCCGCAGCGGUGGAACUGCCCGCACGAGCCGUUCUACGACGAGGAGAGGAAGAGGAAGCUGGCGUUGUGGAACGAGGAGGAUAGGUUCGGGAGUCAAGAGAGCAUGGGUUACCAUGAGGAGGACAGAUGGUACAGGAGAAAGUGCGAGAGACGAAGGUGGGAAGAGGACGCCAGAUUUUGGAACAGAAGGACGCCGGGCCCGCCAGAUGCCGAUUACCCUACCAGAGAGAGCUAUUAUUACUAUCGAGAAGGCAGGGAGAGACCUCACGACUAUCCGGAUAACUGGGACGAGGAAUACGGCUCCGAUCGACCCGGAGACGAUUCGCCCAGAUAUAACCCUUCCGGUAGGAAGAGGCACUGGCCGAAGAGGCCGAACAGCGCGAACGAGGGUCGCAACGCCGAUAUAGUCUACGCCGAGUCGCGCGGCAAGUUCGGCACCUCCAGAUCCGAGUGCAGCGACAACGAUUCCGAUCCUUACCUACGUCCGUCGCAACGUUCGAGAAGCCGCGAGAGCUACUGGGGCAGCGACCAAGAAUACGACAGCUGGGCAGAGAGGCCGUACUGGUCGGAGGGUCCCGAGACCAAGAGCGAGAGCCUCCAUCGAAAGAGAAUACCGAGGCACAAACCGCGGCAGCCGCACACCAAGGCCCAGGGCCCGUUCGAGGAUGAUUUCGCGCAGAGCUUGGAGCACGCGGACCCAUCUCCCGCCGAGGUUCUGACCGCGGCGGAACCACGAAUCCGCUCGGACAUGAACGAGCAGAAACCAGCGCUCCCGCCGAGCCCUUCCUCCAGUAAGAGGUACGCGAAGGAUCUGCCCAGGAAGGAGGUACAAAGAGAGUACAGCAAACGAUCCAGCUACUUCGAGGACGACCUCACGCCCACGGCCAGUGCGUCCAGCGACGCGUCCGACAGGCAGAGGCUACCCUCCGAUCUGAAGGCGACUCCCGAGGAGCUGCCUUGCGACAACAAGGACACCCACCAGGCAACGGACGGCUUCGUGUCGGAGGACAGCGGCCGGGACUCGUUCUUCAACGGGGACCUCAGAUACGACGACAACGCGUUCGCCUUCAAGUCCGAGCUGGAGGACAACGUGCCCGAUCAUCGGGCCACCACCCUGCCCCUGAAGAACCACAAUCGGCAGGGCAAGUACAGUUCCGGGAACAACAAUAAUAAUAGCAACAAGUCCAGGACGGACCAGUACAUCAGGAAGUCCGAGUCGGUGAACAUAUUCGUCAGGGAGAACGAUCCCUUCGACGACGACGAUUUCUUUAAUUGAUGAGUCGCGUUUAGAGAGGUCGAGUCGUUUCUCUCUUUCGGUGCUGGACAGAGCGACUUCAGUCGGCCAGGGCGUGUAGAGAUCCGUGUAUUUUCGUCGCUUGCGUUUCCGUUCUAACCGGGUGACGCUGAUGUCGAGCCUCUUAUGAUAACGAACUUGUCACUUUCUGUUCGGCGACGCUCAGUUCCGAUGCUUAACUCGCAAUAAAGCUUAUUCGACGAGUCUCCGAGGUUUAUUGUUUGCCGGUGGGCGCAGGAGAACACGUAGAACGAUAACAACCCCACCAUGCGAUUUGAUGUUGAUUUAACGAAGAUUAGGGUGUCUCGGAAAAUAUUAUGUGGGCAUCGCGGUCACACUUUGUUCCGUGUUGAAUUUUCGAGCUGUGUGUUCGGGAAGGGGGAGAGCAUGGACGACGAGUUUGUGUUAUAAUAAUCAAGUUGAAGUCCAUGAUAUUGUCUGGGAGAUCUUAAUUAAUAUGUAACGAAAGAGAGAGAAGAGUAUAGUAUAUUAUUGGUAGCAGGGAAAGCAACCGUGGACCUGUUAUCGAAUUUACGAUCGUUUUAUCGACUAAUCCUGAGUUUGACUCAACUGGAAGUCGCAUCAUCGAACUUCCGUUCGCAGGAAGCGUUGUACUGCGAUAUGUCGGCGGAAACAAUGUCCUGGCGAGACUUUCCUUAUUCAUUUGUGAUUGUAUUCAAACGUCUGCUGAUAAAAGUGAUCCGUGUUAAAGUCUAAUGAAAGUCAUUGUCCAAGGUGUUGGCCGGUUGUGGCACGAUUAAAGGAAGCUAGUCAUUGUUUUAAUAAAUUUGUACAUAAUGUUAUCGGUGUUAACGUGAAAUUAAUUCGGCGAUGGAAGCCUGUAUAUGUGUGCGCAGUUUGUACGACACUUGGCUACAAUUGUAUCUAGUUUGAAUUGGUCGUAACGAUUCCAUCGGCUAUAGUUACCGUGUUUCCGCUUUCUCAUUUGAUACGACGAUGCUAGUCACACAUCGAGGGCAGUUAGGGUACUCGAAAUCAGGCUCGGUCGACGAGGGUUGUUGCGGACGAAAUUAUCGAGGGAUUUUCGGGUGCGAACGACGAAUUCAUAUGCGACACCUUUCAAGACGAGUUCGUAUUGAAAAAUCUUGUUAUCGAACAUAAUCGUUGUGUGCUCCGUUUAUGGUAAGUUCGAAACGAAACUUUCGCUCCCUUUGUUCUCCGAUGUAAUAAAUGUUUUAUAUACAGAAUUCUGUAACGUAGAUCCCUCCGUUUAUCGUUACACGUGAAAAGCCUCGAUACUUUCAAUCGCAAGAUCUCGGCUCGAGAAAGCCUGAACGAUCUCAUUUGAUAGUCAUUGUCUGAAACGUUUAUGAAUCAAAAUGUGACUUUUAUACACUUUUGACUGUGACGAUUUUCAUUCGUGUCGAUCUAAACCUUAUCGAAGAUAAUGUAGUAGAUGAAUUUGUCGAUUCCCAUCGAACUUUUCUCGUGAAACAGAAAAGGAAGGAGGAAGAGAGUAAGAGCGAAAGAGAGAGAGAGAGAGAAUGGUAGAAAGAGAGGGAGAGAGAGAGAGAGCGAGAGUAUGGUAGAAAGAGAGGGAGAGAGAGAAAGAGAGAGAGAAAGAAAGAGAGAGAGAGUCAAUUCAACUAGUCUAUGAAGUUUGUUUGUCCAUGGAAAAUGGAAUCAAGCUGCGAUAUAGUUUUUAUAUUAUUUAUUUAUGUCGGCAACCGCUGUGUCGCAUUUAAUUUUAGCUCGUAUUUGCUGUAGUCACGCGCAUUGGCGUCCCGCGGCGAGUGUACUUAACGAAUUAUUUCCUAUGGUUUGAAUAACGACUAUAAUUGUGUUGUAAAUUAGUCAGAAUUGUACUGACAAUAAUAUGCAGUCCGAAUACAAAUACAAUUACUUACUGCGAAGAGAUGGAUUUCUGUUUAAUCACUUGUGAGCUGGUAAUGGCUACCCCUAAAUUUUAACGGAUUCAUUCGUCCUUAGUUUCUGCUUAACAGCGGAAGAGUUUUUAAUCGAUAUAAUUAGUUACGAAUUAAUUGCGACCGUUGCAGAAAUAUUUGGAAGGUUCUCCGGCAAUGUAUUCGCGCCUACUCAAUUGCAAAACAAUAAGCACCGAGACGCACUCUGCAACCGGCAGAAAACAUGAAGGUUUCACUUGCGCAUAAGUUCACAAAAGUAGCUACGAUUCUUUAGGUUAUGUAGAUACACAGUCGGACGUAUUAACCGCUUUAGUUUCUUACCGAGUCGAGAGACCGUUUCAAAAACGAACGAUCUAAGUUUCCAUCUCGAGAUAAGUGAUUACAGCGGGAAUAAAAAGGAUCCUUGAACACGACGAUGAACAGCCGCAUAAGGACACGAGCAAACCAGUGAACGCUUGGGAUAGUGUUUAAUGAAACCCGCAAUGUUUACAAAUGUUCCGCAUCUGUAUUAAUUAGUGAACGUGUCCCCUACGUGGCGCAUUCGUGAUUUAAAUGUGCUGUAAUCGUGGAACUUGUAAUUUUUACUAUGGCCGUGACAUUUAUUCCAUGUUGCACAUUGUCGAUCCCCUAUCCUACCCCAUCCAGGCGACGAGUCGCAAUACACUAAAUGGAACUGGUUCGAAUAAAUUUUCACUUAAAAAAUGUUGGAGCAGAAUAAACUUUUUUUGGAAGAAA